CCCUCCGCUGUGUCCUGUUUUCUUUCUCCAUUUCUCGUUGCCGCUCCUUCGUCUUCAAAAGCUUUCUCGAUCUCUCUAGCCACCAACCAUGUCGUGCUUCAAGAGCAAGUAUGCUGAUGAGCUCGCUGCAAAUGCUAAGUACAUUGGCACCCCUGGAAAGGGAAUCCUUGCAGCUGAUGAGUCGACUGGAACAAUUGGCAAGCGUCUAGCCAGCAUCAACGUUGAGAAUGUUGAAUCAAACAGGCGUGCUCUCCGUGAGCUCCUCUUCUGCACUCCUGGUGCCUUGCAGUACCUCAGUGGUGUUAUUCUCUUUGAGGAAACCCUCUACCAAAAGACUGCCAGUGGCAAGCCUUUUGUUGAGGUCAUGAAGGAGGGUGGAGUUCUUCCUGGUAUCAAGGUUGAUGCUGGUACCAUUGUGCUUCCUGGCACCACUGGUGAGACCACCACCCAGGGUCUUGAUAACCUUGGCCAACGCUGUGCAAAAUACUAUGAGGCGGGUGCUCGCUUUGCCAAAUGGCGUGCUGUGCUCAAGAUUAGCUCCAAUGAGCCAUCUGAGCUAGCAAUCCAUGAGAAUGCCUAUGGGCUAGCUAGAUAUGCUGCUAUUUGCCAGGAGAAUGGCCUUGUUCCCAUUGUGGAGCCUGAAAUUCUUGUUGAUGGUCCCCAUGACAUUAACAAGUGUGCUGAGGUUACUGAGCGUGUUCUUGCUGCUUGCUACAAGGCUCUCAAUGACCACCAUGUAAUGCUCGAGGGUACUCUGUUGAAGCCUAACAUGGUUACCCCUGGUUCUGAUGCCCCCAAGGUCCCCUCAGAAGUAAUUGCUGAGUACACUGUCCGUGCCUUGUUGCGCACUGUCCCUCCAGCGGUUCCUGCUAUUGUUUUCUUGUCUGGUGGACAGAGUGAGGAGGAGGCUACUGUGAACCUGAAUGCCAUGAACAAACUCUUCAAGGACAAGAAGCCAUGGUCACUUUCAUUCUCAUUUGGACGUGCUCUUCAGCAGAGCACUCUCAAGACUUGGGCAGGAAAAGACGAGAAUAUUGUGAAGGCCCAGUCAGCUUUCCUCACAAGGUGCAAGGCCAACUCCGAGGCUACCCUUGGUACCUACAAGGGAGAUGCUCAGCUUGGUGAGGGUGCCUCUGAGAGCCUCCAUGUCAAGGACUACAAGUACUAAAGUUUUGGCUUGUGCUUGUUGUCUUUUGCUUUCCAUUUAAUGGCGGCAUGAAUGCUGGGCUUGUCUAAUAGUUUUAGACUUUUUUCCGUUGUCAUUUCCCAUCAAAUGUAGGGUCAAACACAGUAAUAAACCUGAUAAGCACUCAGCUUGUGGAGAAAGAUGAUUUUUUUUUUUAGAAGUUUGGUUAGAAACUCUGGUUUUCCUUGUCAUUGAAAACGGUGCCUAUGACUAUUUGGGCACAAAUCAAAUAUUUUUAGUUCAGAUAAUCUGAAACUUGUGUUAUUUGUUCUUAUCUAUUUGCUUCAAUUUUGCCUUCAGCCUAAUGGUCUGGCCUGCAAAGGAACCUGAUUACUCCUGUGGGCUGGUAGGUGCCGGUCAUAUUCAUUACCGGUAUAACUGGAGCCUCCUUUUUUGGCCGAGUGCUCUGCAGAAAGAAAUAAAUCCAUAAAUUUAUUAUGGCGGCUUGGAAUAGAGAUUCAAUUGCUGGUCUUAGAUGAUGGAAAUUGGGAAUUGGAUUAUGAAAGUCAUUGAGAGACAUGCGGUAGAUUGUAGAAACAAAUAUGGGUUGGACUCAUGUUAACGUUCGUGUGUCAUCCCAGUUCACAGCUCGACACACGCACUAGGCUUAACCUUG